AUGUCUACAGACAGGCCGACGGAGAAUGAGACGCUGUCUACAGCAUCAUCAACUGAGAAUAACAUUCUGUUUACAGAACAACUUCCAAAUAAGGUGACGCUGUCUACAGAAACAUCCGCAGAGAAGAAGACUACGUCAACAGAAGAGCCUACAGAGAAGAAGACACUGAAUGUCGAAAUACCUCCGGAGUGGUUGCUCUACAAAGACAUUCACUAUAAUCGAUAUUGUGCACGACAAAAUGUCACCAAAACCGCAUAUGGCUAUGCUUCGGUCAUUCAACAGUUGAAUUGGUUCAUGGACGAUAAGGAGCAGGCAAGUACCCGUUUGUAA